AUGAAAUAAUAUAAUAUUAGAUCUAUGACAAUUUUGUUACAUUAACAUAAUAUUGAAAAAGUGGUUUAGAAAAUUUAGCAAGAUUGUUAAGAAAGAUAAUCAAUUAGAUAUAAAUCAGAAUAAGAGGACUCAGAUUUUUUUGUUUCAAAACCGAUUAAAAAAACAAAUGGUAAUCAGACUUAUAGAUAACCUAUGAGUGCUCGUAGUUUAUACUUUACUCCAAUGAAAUCAGCAAAAUCACAUAGAUAGAUACAAUAAUAAAAAGAAAUUAACCAUUUUGAAGAUGGAAUUGAAUCAAUAGAUGGAGAUUAAUCAAGUCUUUUAACAGUCAUCUUAUAGUUAUAGGAACAGAUAAAAUAAUAAAAAGAAUAAAUAGAAAAAUUGAACUAAAAAUGUGCAAUACUUGAAGCAGAGAAGGAUGAUGCAUAAAAACCAAAUAUUGAAUAAAUUAAUAAAACUGCACACUUGCUUUAACAAAAUGAACAACUAAUGUAAUAAUUAGUGAGAUUAAAAAAAUAAUGA